AUGAAUGCAAAUGGAGGAUUUAAUCACAAAUCUAAAGUAGCGGAUAUUUGGAUCAAUGGGAGGUGGGGUUGGCCGAUACAAUGGAUGAACCGAACUCCUGCUCUAACUAAUAUUGGCCCUUGCAAUCUGUGGGAGGAGAUGCAAGAUAAAAUAUGUUGGAAGGUGGGAGAUAAGAUAAUGGAUUUUUCAAACUCGGCGGUAUGGCAAACCACUCGAACUAGAGAGGAAGAAGUGCCUUGGUCCGAGAGUGUUUGGUUCUCUCAAUGCAUCUCUAAACAUGCUUUUCUAUUAUGGCUGAUUAUUCGGAGGAAGCUUCUCACUCAGGACAAAAUUAUUAAAUGGGGUCAUGCGAGGAGGCGAGGUAUGAAUAUGAUGUGUUGUCUCUUAUGCUACAAAGAUUAUGAUUCCCAUGAUCAUCUUUUUUUCUCAUGCUAUUACUCGACCCAGGUCUGGUACCAUAUUCGUGCUUAUGCAGAAAUGGAGAAUGUUCAACCUAUUUGUAGUGAUGUUUCACGGAGAUGA